UAAGAGUUUAUAAACUGCGUAAUAAACUAAGAGAAAAAACUGCGCAAUAGUUGUGUAGUAAAAAAAAAAAACAAUUUUAAAUUUAAAAAACAAAUUUUUUAUUGUCAAAAAUUUUGAGAAAAUGAUAUUACUAUUGCUGUUAUCAGUAUUCUGCAUACACACAAAAAUAACUUUUUCCAAAUCGUUGAAAGACGAGCAAAUAACGUGUGGUAAAGAAAAAGAUGGCUCAGAUAUAUUUUUUACUGUUGCUGGACCUGUCUCGUGCGCUUUUUGUUUGUGUAAUGCUGAUUUAAAAGAAGGUGUUUCAUAUAAAAACUGUGAAACUUGCUGUUGUAGAUAUGUUAGCAACACAAAAAUAAAUGACUACGAGCACUUUGAAAAUAAAAAAGAUGAACGAAGUUUGUUCACCACACGAAAGGUCUUGUAUAGUUUAAUAUUUUUUACCUGUCUACUGUUAAUCUUAUUGGUCUUAGGUUUUGUAUACCACAAAAAACGUUUUUGUAGUUCCCGGCCCCCUCUUCAAUCGACUGAAAACGACGAAGUUAUAAAUGAAAUUAAAAUGACCAUAAAUAACGAAAUAAUUCACAUUACAGAAGAAGAUAAAUUGGUGCCAAAUUAAAAAACGUUUUUAGUUAGUUUUGUAAAUAUGUGCAUAUUGUUUAAGGUUAUAAUAUAAAUAUGAAUAUUUGUAGGAAUAAAAAAGACAUUUAUAACUCUUUCUUAGUUUA